AUGGGAGUUCUCUUCCUUUUCGCUCUCUUUUUCAUGUCUAAAUCCUCCCCUGCAAUUGCUUGUGAUCAGGGAGGAGAAAGUAGGCUAAAAACCUAUAUUGUCCAUUUGAAGGAGCCGGAGGGUGGAGUUUUUGCAGAAUCGGAGAAUCUGGAGGGCUGGUACAAGUCAUUUUUGCCGGCGCGUAUCGCAAGCUCAAAACAGCAAGAACGCAUGGUUUAUUCGUAUCGGAAUGUGCUCACCGGUUUUGCAGCCAGGUUGACGGAGGAAGAAGCUAAAGAAAUGGAAGCCAAGGAAGGGUUUGUUUCGGCCAGGCCGGAAAAGAUAUACCAUUUGCAUACAACGCAUAGUCCUAGUUUCUUGGGUUUGCACAAGAGAUCUGGGCUAUGGAAAGGAUCUAACUUGGGGAAGGGGGUUAUAAUUGGAGUGAUGGACUCGGGAAUACUUCCGAGCCAUCCUUCAUUUGGGGACGAAGGAAUGCCACCCCCACCUGCUAAAUGGACUGGGUUGUGUGAAUUCAACAAGUCCGGCGGCUGCAGUAACAAGGUCAUUGGUGCAAGAAAUUUUGAAAGCGGGAGUAAAGGAAUGCCACCAUUUGAUGAAGGGGGCCACGGCAGCCACACGGCAAGCAUUGCUGCUGGAAAUUUUGUGAAACACGCCAAUGUUCUUGGGAAUGCCAAGGGCACCGCCGCUGGCGUUGCGCCUGGUGCUCACUUAGCGAUUUAUAAAAUAUGCACCGACGAGGGCUGUGCCGGAGCUGAUAUAUUAGCUGCAUUUGAUGCUGCCAUUGCCGAUGGUGUUGAUGUGCUUUCCGUUUCCGUAGGUCAAAAAUCUACUCCUUUCUAUGACGACGCAAUUGCCGUCGGUGCUUUUGCGGCAAUUCGAAAGGGGAUUUUGGUGAGCUGUUCUGCUGGGAAUUAUGGUCCAACCAGUGCUUCGGUUGGCAAUGCCGCACCAUGGAUUCUUACUGUGGGUGCGAGCACCAUUGACAGAAGCAUAAGGGCUUCUGUGAAGCUUGGGAACGGGGAGAAAUUUGAUGGGGAAUCACUUUUCCAGCCUAGCGAUUAUCCUCCAGAAUUUUUCCCUCUUGUAUACUCACCUUAUUUUUGCAGUGCAGGAACAGUGAACGUGGCUGACGUUGAAGGAAAGGUAGUUCUUUGUGACUCAGAUGGGAAAACAAGCAUAACAGACAAAGGGCGAGUCGUGAAACAAGCUGGUGGUGUUGCCAUGAUUGUAGCCAAUAGCGAUCUUGCUGGCUCAACUACGAUUGCAUUGGAGCACGUUCUUCCGGCAUCCCACGUGAGCUAUUCUGCAGGUUUGAGUAUCAAAGCCUAUAUAAGUUCAACAUCACACCCUACAGCUUCAAUCGCAUUUGAGGGGACUAUCAUUGGAGAGCCAUCAGCUCCGGAGGUUAUUUUCUUCUCUGCAAGAGGACCAAGCUUGGCAACCCCCGGGAUUUUGAAACCGGACAUUAUUGGUCCUGGAAUGAACAUUCUAGCAGCAUGGCCUACUCCUUUACACAACAACAGCCCCUCAAAAUUGACAUUCAACCUGUUAUCCGGUACAUCGAUGUCCUGCCCCCAUCUCAGCGGUGUCGCAGCUUUGAUCAAAAGCUCUCAUCCUGACUGGUCACCCGCUGCAAUCAAGUCUGCAAUCAUGACUACUGCAGAUAUACUGAACCUUAAAGAUUCGCCCAUUUUAGAUCAAACCGAACAUCCUGCUAGUAUCUUUGCUAUUGGUGCUGGCCAUGUCAACCCAUUAAGGGCAAAUGACCCGGGACUCAUUUAUGACAUUCAACCCGAUGACUACAUACCCUACUUAUGCGGUUUAGGUUACAAUGACACGCAAGUAGGACUUAUUACGCUGCGCACUGUGAGAUGCUCCGAGGAGUCAAGCAUACCUGAAGCACAACUCAACUAUCCUUCAUUUUCUAUUGCACUGAGAUCUAAGGCCCGAAGGUUUCAGAGGACAGUCACAAAUGUAGGCAAGCCAACGUCAUCUUACACCGUUCACAUUGCCGCACCACCAGGAGUUGAUGUCACUGUGAAGCCACAUAAGCUCCAUUUCACCAAAAGGAACCAGAAGAAGACAUAUACGGUGACCUUUAAGAGGAGUAGCUCCGGGGUUAUCACAGGCGAGCAAUAUGCUCAAGGGUUCCUAAAAUGGGUUUCUGCUACACACUCUGCUAGAAGCCCCAUAGCUGUUAAGUUUGAAUGA